AUCAUCACUGCUACACUGGUCUGGAUGAUUGCAGUGCAGCAACAUGGCUGUGAAUCUUAGCAAGAAUAGACUGGCCCUUUUAACAGCCUACCAGGACGUUAUCAAUGAGACGUCGGCGACCGACUGGGCCUUAUAUACAUAUGAAGACGACAGUAAUGAUUUGAUCCUGACUGCAUCAGGAGAGGGUGGGCUGGCAGAGAUCGCAGUUACCUUCGAUAACACCCGCAUCAUGUAUGGUUUCUGCAGCCUGAAAGAGCCCACCUCAGCUCUGCCCCGCUACAUCCUCAUCAACUGGGUUGGUGAAGAUGUGCCUGAUGCCCGGAAGUGUGCCUGUGCCACCCAUGUAGCUACCAUAGCCGAGUUUUUCCAGGUGGGUCUCACCAAGGGUGUUGACGUCAUCGUCAAUGCCAGCAGCAUAGAGGACAUCGACCCCUCUGCCAUCGGACAGAGACUGACCAAUGGGACCGCUCCAGUGGCCAGCCCGGUGCUCAGCCGCCUGCGAAUGAGAGACGAGGAGAACACAGAGCACGUUGGAACCACCUACGAGAAAACAAAUGCAAAGAUCGAGAUGAAGAAAAUCAAUCGAGAGGAGUUCUGGGAACAAGCCAAGCGGGAGGAGGAGUUGAGAAAAGAGGAAGAGAGAAGGAAGGCCGCAGAGGAACGGCAGCGCUUUGAGGAAGAGAGGAUGGAACUGGAGAGAAAAGAGCAGGAGGAACGAGAGAAAAGGUUCCGCGAAAGGGAGAGGCAGAUAGAGGCACACAGGAAGAAGAUGCAGGAGGAAGAGGAGGCCAAAGAGAGGUCAAGGAGUCAAUCCAUGAUUACAGAGCCCAGCAGUGAAGACCCUGCACUGGACAAGAAGGAAUCAGAGGUUGAGGAGGCAGCAGCUAUCAUUGCCCAGAGGCGCGACAACCCGCGGGAAUUCUUCAAGCAGAGAGAGAGGGCACUGACCAACAGUGUGGAUGUCUCACCAGUCACCACUCACAGGACCGGCCGCUUGGACAGUCCAUUCUUGAGGCAGCAGCACAGUCCGUCUGAUUGCAGCCCGCCCCCCUCUCGCACUCCGCCCCCCUCGCGGCGGCAGCCAGGUCUACCUGAUGACACGACUGAAGGAAUCCUGGAGCGCAGCAUGACCACCGGAUGUUCUCCUAUCCCUAAAAUCGCCAUUCAGGAGGAAAAAGACGACUUCAUUCGAAGGGAGUUUGCCUUUGAAACUCCAAAGCAAACUCCAGUGCAGGAAUCAGGCCAUGCCAAGAUAGCUCAGAGUGUUUCCCCCCAGCCAUCAUCAAACACAGACGACAGCCUGCUGGAUCUGUGGGACAGCGGUCCGGCACCAGCUACUGCCCCCUCCCAGGCUUCCCACAUCAUGGACCUGAUGGAGGACACCCCAGAGCCUCAUCUGGCUAGCUCCUCCCCCAGCCUCCCUCAGCCAAUCCUGAGCUUCGAUGAGGUACCUGACACCCCCUAUUGCACGGGCACAGAAGACGACCCCUCCAGCCUGGUGGAUGUGGCCGGACCCCACCAGAUGACCCUGAGUUACCAGCAGGCCCUGCAGCAUGCUUCCGGCUCUGACAGCCAGGACCUGGAUGACAGACAGCUGCUGUUGACCAAUGGAGACACACUGCUUAAAGAAGGGGCCCAGGCAAGUGAAGGCUAUUUCAGCCAAUCACAGGAGGAGGAUUUCGCCCAGUCAGACGACUGCACUGUAAAAGUGAAUCCAACACCAGUUUUUUACAACAAACCACCAGAAAUCGACAUAACAUGUUGGGAUACAGACCCUGUGAUGGAAGAUGACGAUUAGAAGCGACAGAGACAAAGCCUGGCGACACCUCGAAGAAAACUGAUUUUACAAAAGUUUCAGAAGUCUUGCAUCAAAAUAUUUUAGAAAAAAAAAAUUGUUAGCCACCGAAGAAAAGGACUCAGGUUAUUGUUAAAGAUGCCACUGGGUAUGAGCACUCUGGGGUUGUGUAUGUGCAUGUGUGUUUAUUAUUUAUUUCAUUUCAAUUGUUUUGCUAUGCAGAGAAUAGCACAGUGCGUAUCUAGCGCUCACCUGUGUUUUAUCGACUCCCUGUGCCUAACAGGUGUGUGUAGUAGCAGAUUAGACCAGAUUAGAUUAGAUUUCUUAAUCAACACUGAGCUCAUGUCUACUCAGUGGUUCAAUCAAGUUCAUGGUAGGACUUUCCCACAAUGUUAGCGGUUCAGGCUGGUUGCUUAGUGGAAUCACACAAUAUGUGUAUGAGUGUUACACCCAGAGGGGCUUUUGGUUUGAUGAAUCAUUUGGUCAGGAAUCUCUUCGAAGCUAAGGCAUGUCAGAACUAGAUAUUAGCCUCAGUUGAGUGCGACGACGCUCAAAUUAAGCAAACAAAACAGAGUUUGUGGGAUUACAAAAUUAUUUUGUGUUGUGCCAAUUAUUUCCAGUAUGUUGACGUUUCACCCUAUGUUGCUGUAACCGCCUUUUAGGACUUUUAGCGCCAAGUGGCAUAUGUAUAUUUUGACUACAUAUGAGACAAUGUGUAUGAACAGUGGCAUUCCUGAUUUUUGUUUUGUUUUGAACAACUGCAAUAGAAUUGGCUUCGAUUUGUUAAGAAACUUAGGCAAUAACAUUUGUAGUGGACUCUCACAUGGGAAAUGUUUUAUUUAUAUAUUCGGCAUUGUGUAUGUAUGUAUGUAUGUAUACCUGCAUAUACGUGUUUUAAAAUAAUUGGGGAGAGUCCUCUAUUAUAAAGGAGACCACAGACAUACUCUACGCAAGUACACAGACAGGAAUGCUUCGACAGAGGAAUGCAAGCACGCAAUCCCGUUGUACUGUAUGCACUUGACACAUUUUUGCGUUACUGUGACGUUAACUUCAGUCUUUGAGGGGGCAAUAGAGAUAACUUCAGAUACCAUCACCUGUCUGUGGUUCAAUGACGUGACGUGAAGUUCAAAGAUAUUUUUUUCUGGGACUUAAAGUAAAAAAUGGCAUAUUGUGUGACCGUCCAGUGACAGUAAAAAAAAGUGUCAUUAAAAGCUGACAUUCUUGAAAAAAAUAAUCCAGAAUAAUCUUUUAUGAUAAUUUCUUUCAAAAUGAUAAGCAGCUAAACAAUUUUACUUUUAAUUAUAUUUAAUAAUAAUCUUUUGUCCACCAAAUCAAAGUGGUGUUACCAACAUGUAGGUAGCCAUUUUUUUGUCAUGUGACAAAAAAUAAAUAAAAAUAAAACAGAGAGGACCACUAUAGACCUUCAAGACUGUAAAGUAAAAAAAAAAAAUAUAUAUAUAUAUAUAUAUAUAUAUAUAUAUAUAUAUAUAUAAAUAAAUA